ACAGCCACAUUAACUCUUCAUCACUAUCUCUCAAUCUCUCAUUUCCUCCUUGGCACGUGAAAAUGACAGAAAUGCCCUCACACAUGAUCGAGAACCCAAAGUUCGAGCCUUACAAGCCAAAAAAACAACGUUGUUACUCUUCUUCGAUUCUUACAAUCUUCUUAUCGAUCUUCACAUACAUUAUGAUCUUUUACGUUUUCCAAGUAUCACCAUCUUCGGUCUUCAAAGACACAAAGGUUUUGUUCUUCAUCUCCAAUACUCUCAUCCUCAUAAUCGCCGCCGAUUAUGGUGCCUUCUCUGAUAAAGAGAGUCACGACUUUUACAGUGAAUACACAGCCGCCACCGCAACGAUGAGAAGCCGUGCUGAUUACUACUCUCCGAUUCCCGUUUCAAGACAGGGAGAAAACCUUAGAGAUGCAGAAAUCAAGAACCCUAAAGAUGUCGAAACCAAGAACCCUAAAGAAGAAGAAGAAGAAGCAUCGAUGGUGAAAGAGAUCGUUUACGUUUCUCCUCCCGAGAAAAUAGUGACAGUGGUGAACGAGGAAAAACCGAGAGACGUUUUAGCUAUCGAGAAUAUCAAACAGGUUACUGAUCAAACUGUUGCUAGCGAAGAAGCUUGUGACGCAAGAAACCAUGUGAACCCUAAUAAACCGUACGGGCGAAGUAGAUCAGAUAAGCCACGGAGAAAGAGGCUCAGCGAAGGUACAGAGAUGACCAAACGUAAAAGUUAUGGUCGAAGGAAAUCAGAUUGCUCGACAUGGAUGGUUAUUCCGGAGAAGUGGGAAAAUGUUAAAGAAGAAUCUGAAGAGUUUUCAAAAUUGUCCAACGAGGAGUUGAACAAACGAGUCGAAGAAUUCAUCCAACGGUUCAAUAGACAGAUCAGAUCACAAUCGUCACGAGUUUCGUCUACUUGAUUUGAAUUGAUCCUAGUAGUAUAUAAUUAAUUUAGUUAGAAUUCUUUUUAAAGUUCAGUUAGUAGAGAGUACUGUUUUCAAAACUUGGUGAUGAGAUGACUUUUUUUGCAGUCGUCAGUGUAAAUUAAUAUAAGAAUGUGAAAAGG